CGGGGCCUAGCUGGAGGUGGGAGGUGCUACCAACGAGACGCGCGGGGUAGAGCGGACCCCUCCGCCCGCCGCCACCAUCGAGGAGCCCGAGCGGCGGCGGCGGCGGCCGGAGGGGCCGGGACGGGCGACCAUGACGUCAGCGAGCACCAAAGUGGGGGAGAUUUUCUCGGCCGCCGGCGCUGCCUUCACUCGGCUGGGGGAGCUGACGAUGCAGCUGCACCCUGGCACCGACACCUCCCCCGCGGGGUCCCGCUGGACGGAGCCGGAGCUGUCCCUGCUCCGGGGGGCCGUGGCCCGUUUUGGGGAGGACCUGAACCGCCUCAGCGCCCUCAUCAAGGACCGCACCGUGGCGCAGCUGAAGGCGGCGGCCAAGCGCAAGGCCUACGAGGACAGCGGGGUCCCCCUGCCCCCCCCCGGCCAUGACUCCCCCAAAAAGGGGCCCAGGAAAGGGGGGGGGGCCACGGGACCCCCCUCCCAGAGCUCAGGGGGGGCCCACGACCCCCCCGGGCCCCCUGGCAAGAAACAGAAGGUGGCAGAGCCCCCUCCAGGUGACCCCGACCCCCCCGGGGACCUCGUGGACGUCGAAGGAUUUGGGGACCCCCCCGCCAAAAAGCUCAACUUUGACCAGGCAGCUUGAAGGUCAAAGCUCCCCCUGGAGUGACCCCCCCUGGAACCCCUAUCAGGACCCCCAAAAUGUGGGAGAGUGCCCAAAAAACUCCUGAGACCCCCCAAAACCCUUCAGAACCCCAAAAUAUGGGGAGGAGACACCCCAAAAACACCUCUGAAGAUCCCUCAAAAUCUCCCAGAUUCCCCAAACCCUCCCCUAGGACCCCGUUUCUCCCCCGGGAUCCCCAAAACCUUGAGGGAGCCCAAAAAACUCCUGGGAUCCCCUCAAAAUCCCCAGGACCCGCCCUGGGACCCCCAAAAUCGUUGGAGCCUCCCCCAAAGCCCCCCUGGACCCUUCAAACAUUGGGGGGGGGUCCCCAAAAGCUUCUGGGGGUCCCUAAAGCCCCCCGGGAGCCCCCAAAUACCCCCCAGACCCCUCCUGGACCCCCAACACCCCCCAGGAGCCCCAAAUCCUCCACGACCCUGAAAACAUGGGGAA